CCAAAAUAUUUCUAGAUUUCGUAUCUAGAACUAAUCAACUUUUCGAUUGUCUUAAAAUUCAAAUUGGUGUUGAAAAUGGGAUUGCCGACGAACAUCUACGAUGAUAAUUUCAUUAACUCUCACCAAUUUCAUAUUGAUGAUGUAUCUUAUGUACAAAAAGAUCAUCUUAAAUCUCUUGGUGAUAGUUUAACUCUUUCUUCUGGUAAUGAAUGGGCUCAACCUUCUCUUUUGACUGUUGUUCCUAACAUCUAUCACCAAAAUCUUAUUUCAUCGAUUCCAAACCAAAAUUCUGAUCAUCAAAAUCAUUUAUUUCCCAAAUUUCCUUCAGCUCAAAUAUCCUCAAAAUAUCCAUGUAUGGGUAAUCCUUCCUACUCAAACACCGAUGCUUUUGAGGAAUUUCAAAAUAACAUAACUAGCGACCUAAAAUUCCCAGUGACCUAUUACACCUCGUUCCCUGUAAUAUCAGAAGGUACAUCAUACAAUAUGCAUGAUUUUCAAGGGAACACUAGGUUGGAUGAUGUUUCUCACAAUCAAGGGUUUUUCAUCGGUAGUCACGAGCCGGCCCUUGGUCAUUUCAUGGUUGAGUCUCAACAAUUUAAUGUGUCAGAGCCAGAGGAUAUCAAUAAGAGCAUAACAAAAGAGACAUCUAACAGGCGUCAGGAGAAGCAGGUGAUUAUCAAAACCGAUCAGAAGAAGAGGAAAGGCAUCAGUAUCAAAGGACAAUGGACUCCUACCGAGGACGAGAUGUUGAUGAAAUUGGUGAAACGUAAUGGAAUGAAAAAAUGGACAGCAAUCGCAAAAAUGUUCCAAGGACGAAUUGGUAAACAGUGUAGAGAGAGGUGGCACAACCAUCUCCAUCCGGACAUCAAGAAAAAUUCUUGGAGUGAAAAAGAAGAUCAAAUACUUGUUGAAGUCCACAAGCUAGUUGGCAACAAAUGGACCGAAAUCGCCAAGAGACUCCCUGGAAGAAGU